GAUGACUACACCCCGAUAGGAGGAGCGUGAAGAACGUAGUAGGCGUCAGAAUCCUCAAUUUACAACUUAGCAUCUUGGCAGGACAUUUUCCCAAGCAAAGCCCCCAUCGGAAGGCAAAAAACUUCUUCUGCACGGCAUGAGCAAGUGAGAGAGAGAUAGGACAAAUAGAGCGUAGCAAGCAAACACAACGGUCAGUUGUAGCUGACUAUCAGCGACAAGAAAAUAUAUAUCUAAGUAUUCUAAGUCUAUGUAUUUGUUUAUAUUUUUACUUUUUACUGCAAUCAUUUAGAGGGCAACAGACAGCGGUCUGUUGAUACGAGACUCCUAUGACUGAAAUCGGACAGUGCAUGAGAAAAUAAAGAGGAAAAGUGCGCAAGUAAGUGGCUUACUUUCGGGGCUUUCACCAUGGCGUAUCCUCAGGGCUACUUGUACCAGCCAUCCGCUUCGUUGGCGCUGUAUUCAUGCCCGGCGUACAGCACCAGCGUUAUAUCGGGACCCAGGACCGAAGAACUUGGUAGAUCCUCAUCUGGCUCAGCUUUUGCUCCCUAUGCCGGAACUACCGCGUUCACCAGCGCUUCGCCCGGGUACAACUCCCAUCUCCCGUACAGUGCGGAGGCGGGAGCGGCCGCGACAUUCGCUUCAUACGUGAGUUCUCCCUAUGACCACACGACGGGAAUGGCUGGGUCUAUAGGAUAUCACCCCUACGCUGCUCCCCUGGGGUCAUACCCCUAUGGUGACCCGGCAUACCGAAAAAACGCGACCCGGGAUGCCACCGCCACUCUCAAAGCCUGGUUGAACGAGCACCGUAAGAACCCCUACCCCACCAAGGGCGAGAAAAUCAUGCUGGCCAUCAUCACCAAAAUGACCCUCACCCAAGUUUCCACCUGGUUCGCCAACGCCAGGAGGAGGCUAAAGAAGGAGAACAAGAUGACCUGGACUCCCCGAAACCGGAGCGAGGACGAGGAGGAAGACGAGAACAUCGAUCUGGAAAAGAAUGACGACGACGAGCCUAGCAAGCCGAAAGACAAGGGAGACUCGACAGACUCAGAGUCAGAUCAUAAAUUGCUGAACCCGGGGGACAUAGUGUGCGACAGAUUUAAAGAGGAGAAUCAUGGCAAAGAAACGGAUCCCCUUCUGAGCGACUCGGAAUUAAAAGACCAAGGGGAUCGGACAGAGUUACUGCCCGAGUCUGCUAAACCCACCACCUCGUCUCCAUCCGCCAUGCCUCGGGGAGGAACGGAGCUCGUUGCGCAAGACAAGCCGUCAGAAAUGGGCCAUGCGCCGGGCACAGUAAACAGCAACGUGACGUCUGUCAUUCACUCCUCCCCAUCGGCCCCUAAACCCAAACUCUGGUCCCUGGCUGAGAUCGCAACGUCCUCAGACAGGUGUAAGAGCAGCAGCGACGGGCCGCAGGGCCAUGGGAUGGGUCACAGCACAGUGAUCACCACCAAUGCAGCGUCACCAUCACGGUCCUCCCCACAGUGCCCUCUCCCAAACAGCACAGUCCUAUCCAGGCCUAUCUACUACACGUCCCCUUUUUACCCGGGCUACACGAACUAUGGCAGCUUUGGACAUCUUCACAGUCACAGCAAUCACGGCUCAGGCACGGGCUCCACGGCACAUUUCAAUGGAUUAAACCAGACUGUGUUAAAUAGAGCAGAAGCUUUGGUAAGAGAAAGCCAGAAAGGCAGAGGCCAAACGCAGGUAGAUCUUUGUAAAGACUCCCCUUAUGAACUAAAGAAAGGUAUGUCAAACAUUUAAUACCUUGAUCCCUUUCAAAAAUCCAUCGGACCUUUAUUUAUUAUUUGUGGGUGCAUUACAAAAAAUAAGAAUAAUAAAGGAAAAUGCUGAGAGCAGUUAUUUUCUGAGUAAAUGCUUAUCUUCAAAUCUUAGUUUCUGAAUGGUUAAUCCUAAUGAUGUAACAAGAAUGGUCUUCAUCGCUGCAGCCGCCUGAGUCUAUUUGUAUUAAAGACUAAUAUGUAUAUUUAAUGUAGCAUUUUUGUAUUUAAAAUGGACAAUACACUAUCUUUGAAGUAAAUUAUGAGAAAAAAAUACACGUGUGCAGCGAUUAUUCUCGGGGGAGCGGGAGGGGGAGGCAACUGUUAUUAUCAAAUGUGUCAGAAGGGCUUGAAAGAGGAACACAUAAUGGAAAAUGAAAGAGAUAUUUAUCGAUGGGAUUGUGUUAUUUUACCCCGUGACAGGUGUAUCAAUUACAUUAUCGAUACAAAAAGAGCACUUCAGCUUUAUACGACAUGAGAACAUGUCGAAAUUUCACAAAUUCUCGAGUGAAAAACAGAUAUGCCUACAGCCUUUUAGGUCUACCCAAAUAUUUACAUUUGGGUGGGGUUUGGCCAAAGAUAUUGGCAAGAGUUGUCUGAAUAUAUGUAAAUUUCUGGCUCUAUGUUUCCUAUUCCUUUCUACAUGUGCAGUAGGAGGAUACUUAUGAAGGUGAAUAUAAUAACAACGGCAUAACUGGAGGCCCAAUCGUUUAACCCAAUUACUUUCCAACCGCAACGUGUUAUAAGCAAAGCAAUCAGGUGGCGAACUCCAGUAAUGACUUCGAUUUUAUGCCAAAUUUAGAGCUCAUUACUAUUUCCAAGGCGUGGCAAAGCUGUUAAAAGGACGCAACCAUGCAUUUAUGGCUUCAGAGCACACUGGCCAGUUAUAUGAUUAAUGUUGGAGCCUCCUUAAUGACGCGUUGGAUGUGAAACACUCAUGGUUAGGUUUGGAGAGAAGGAGGAUAGCAAGACUAGCAUGUCAAGCACACAGUAAAGGCCACAUAGUUUCCAGGGUUUAAUCGGUUUUGUCAAUAACCGAGCCUCUCACUGUCCUCAAGGCUCAAACUCUUCCUUCCCACUUCCGCAGGUAGGUGUCACACUUGCUCCUAAUUUCAGGGGUCUCAUUCUUAAUCCGUCACGGAAAGCCGUCCCUGAUCGAAUGGCCUAGUUAAAAUGGACCAAAGACUGGGAGGCAGAGAGAGAGAGAGAGAGAGAGAGAGAGAGAGAGAGAGAGAGAGAGAGAGAGAGAGAGAGAGAGAGAGAGAGAGA